AUGGCGGCGGUGGCAGAGGAGGAGCUGUUGAGUGAGGCGGCGAGGGCAGCUGCAGGACUGGGACGCAACAUCAACACAGCACCCGAGGAGCCGGUCAUGAAUACUCCGACCGAUGGCGCGGAGGAGCAGGCGGCGGCGGCGGCGGUUGCGGCAGAGGCCCCUCCCUCUUCUCGCCCGCCAAGCUUCGACACGGGCCGGCCGCCGGAGUCCACGAUGGGCGGCGAGACGACGUGCAUAAUUUGCUUCACCGACCCGAAGUCUCACAUAGCGACGCCGUGUGGCCAUGUGUGCGCUUGCGGCCGGGUGUACCUGUACGUAUUUCGAUGCGGUGGAGCAUAA